AUGAAGUUCACUACUACUUAUAUCACUACCAUCGCUGCCCUCUUGGCGAACGGCUCAGUCACGAAGGCGGUUGUCAUCAACGGCCAGUCCGAGACUAUGGCCGCCGCCGCCGAGGGUGGCUUCGCUUCCUCUUGCAAAGACUUCGCUAUUACCAGACGCGAGUUCAGCACUGGCACUUACUUCGAUAUUGAAGCCAAGUGUGCCACCAUCAGUGACGGCGAGCUCAACACCCGGCUUCAGCUUGGUCUUUGUCUGUCGAACGAUGCUGGUGUCCUGAAGUGGUCCAAGCGUGGCAACUUCGACAAGUCCUGCGAGAGCUGCACCAUUCGUAAUGUCAGUAAAAAGGAAGUCAAGAUGCGCUGCUGGUGCCACCCUGCUUAUGGUGAGACUGUGCGCCUCGCCGAAAUCAAUCUCAACGAUGGCAUUCGCAACGAAGGUGGUCACACCUGGUGCGGUGACGAGAUAGGCACUGCUUGGUGA